CUCUCUCUCUCUCUCACCAAACUUUCUCUCUUGUUUGAUUUUUCAACAUGGAGAGGAUCCACCGUGAUCGUCUAUGGUCGUUGAUGGCCGACAACUCGGUCCUCCACCACAACACAUGGGACGACCACCUCCCUCAAAACCCUAUCUCCUCACAAAACUUUGUUUAUCAAAACCUUGUUUAUCAAAACCCAGACCCACCUUUGCAAACCCACUCUUAUCAGAUGAAUAUCGGUUCUUUAGAAUCUGGGUUGCAACUAAACCCUAGUUUCGCCGAGCCCUUGCAGAACUUCCAAAGUCUGGAAAGUGCCUUGAGUCGAAUGAACAUAUCGGCUCCACCACCACACCAGUCUCACUUUCUAGAGAACAAUUAUCUGACGAAUAGGGGAUUCGCCCAUCUAUCGUAUCCUCAACAACAGCCCCUUAAUAGGAUGAGAAGCAUCUCUGCUGGUCUUGGUCUGCGUCGGGCGAAUUCAACUUGGGUUCACGAUCGCCCAUAUCAGAAUAUGGCCUCUUUGAAUCAAUCCUUCUCCAACUUUAGCAUCAACAACAGCAGAAGCAAUUUGGAGCGGCGCAGCCCUUGUUAUGAUAGUUUAAAUUAUCGGUAUUCAGCAAGUCCCUAUGCAAAUCAUCGUGGGAUCAGACUUGAUUCUGAUUCUCAAUUUAGUAGGGGUCGAUCCGUUUAUGGGUUAGAAUCAUCAAAUUCAAAUAUAUUACUUUCUUCGUUGUAUUAUCGCCAACUUGCCCAAUCAGGAAGGCGUGCAAAUUACACCUCGUUGGAACAAGUUAAAGGAAGGGUGGCUUUGAUUUCAAGGGAUCAAGAAGGGUGUCGUUUCUUGCAGAGGAAAAUCGAUGAACGAAAACCUGAGCAAACUGAGAUGAUUUUCUUGGAACUGAAAGAUCAUUUGUGUGAUCUAGUUGUUGAUCAGUUUGCCAAUUAUGUCGUUCAGAAGCUUUUUGGAGCAUGCAAUGAAGAACAGAUGAGCCAACUUCUGCUGUGUUUGAUAAAAAAUGAGCAGAAAUUGCUAGAUAUAUGCAUCCAUCCACAUGGAACUCGUGCAAUGCAAAAAAUGAUAGAGCAUAUGAGAACCCCAGAGCAAAGAUCCUUGCUUAUCUCUGCUAUGAAGUGUAUUGCUCUCUCCUUGUGCAAGAACCAUAAUGGCCAUCAUGUAAUUCAACAAUGCUUUAAAUACUUCAUGGUUGAUGAUACUAAGCAUCUUUUGGAUGAAAUAUUGAAAAGUUGUCUCGAUAUUGCAAUGGAUAAGAGUGGAUGUUGUGUACUGCAAAAAUCUGUGACUGAAGCUCAGGGGGAACUUAGAGAGCGACUUGUGGCUGAAAUAACAGCUAAUGCAUUAGUCUUAUCAGAAAAUCCUUUUGGGAAUUAUGUUGUGCAAUAUGUACUUGAAAUGAAAAUACCACAUGCUGAAGCUAAUAUACUGGAGAAUCUCAAAGGCAAUUAUGUGACCCUUUCUAUGAACAAGUAUGGAAGCAAUGUGGUGGAGAGAUGUUUGAGAGGGUGCAAUGAGAAGAAUGCUUCGGAAAUCAUUGAGGAGCUUAUGUAUAGUUCUGAAUUCUUGGAUGUUCUUCAGGACCCUUUUGGCAACUAUGUUGUUCAGUCUGCAUUGCUGGUAUCAAAGGGAGAUCUCCACCAUACUCUUGUCGAAUUGAUUAACAUUUAUUCUCCACAUCUACACAGCCAUCUUCAUGGGAAGAAGGUGCUUGCUCGAACUCAGAGGAAAACUCCCAGGCGUUACCGUGCGCGAAUGCGCAUUUAGACUACAACUUGUGUGGUUGUCCCUUUUAUUGUUGUCAUUAGUCAGUGACUAUUAAAUUAUGUGAGUUCUUUAGGAUAUAUGCUGUGUGUUUAAUGUGUGUAUUCAGUAACCCUGAUAAGGGUUGUGCUACAAAAUUAUUCCCACGGGUACUUGAUAUCUGUGGAUUUAUCAGUGUGUUAUGUGUUUAGUUCAUAUUAAUGAUCCAUUUUUCUAGCAGAUGACUUUGUCCUUUGACA